AUGGAACUGGACACUGGGUCAGCUGUGUCUAUAAUGCCUUACAGGACUUUUAACUACAUCUGCAGCAAUGUGGUUAAAGGCAAAACUACAUUAAAAGUAAAGUUCAAAGAGUUUGAGGGUCCCCUCAACAUCGUGGUGGUGGAAGGCCAGCAAACAAGCCUGAUUGGCCCAGACUGGUUUGAUGCCCUGGGCAUACAUGUGACUGGCAUCAACAGAACCCAAACAGCGGAUUUGGCAGCUGUCUGCCAGGAAUUUGCUGAUGUAUUCAGCCCCAACUUAGGAAAAUACAAAGGAGCACCAAUUGCUCUUCACCUUGAUUCAACUGUAGCCCCAAUCAGAGUAAAGCUUCGUAGAGUGCCUUUUGCCCUUAAGCCCAAGAUUGAUGCAGAGUUAGAAAAGCUCGUUCAACAGGGAGUGUUGCAACCUAUUGACAGCACUGUGUGGGAAACCCCCAUAGUCACACCGGUUAAGCCUAAUGGAGAGGUGCGCAUCUGCAUUGAUUAUAAGUGCACUAUUAAUAAGGCACUUCAGCAGCAUGCGUAUCUGGUACCUGUAGUUAGCCACAUCCUGGCAUCCUUACAGGGAGGUUGCUUAUUCACAAAGCUGGACCUGGCACAGGCUUAUCAGCAACUGCCUGUGAAUGAUGCCUCUGCUGAGGCACAAACAACAGUUACCCAUAGAGGGGCAUUCAAGGUUUGUCACCUGCAGUUUGGGGUCAGUGUAGCCCCAGGGCUCUUUCACAGCAUGAUAGAACGCACGCUAAAAAACAUUCCAGGUGUGUGUCCUUAUUUUGACGACGUUCUAAUUGCUAGGGAGUCAGCAGAAAUACUUGCAGAAUGUCUAAGAGCUGUUCUUCAGCGCUUCCGCGAAGUGGGGCUGAAGUUCAAAAGAGAAAAAUGUCAAAUAGGAGAAAGAGUCUUAGAAUCUCUGCAUGAGGGACAUCCUGGAAUAGUCAGGAUGAAGGCACUUGCGAGAAGCUACCUGUGGUGACCAGGGUUGGAUAAGGAUAUUGAGGCUCAAGUUAAAGGAUGCCAGGUUUGCCAACAGACCAGACCUGAAAUGCCUCAAGCCCCAGUACAUCGCUGGGAGACUACACAACCCCCCUGGUCUAGGAUUCACAUAGAUUAUGCAGGACCGUUCCAAGGACAGGUGUUCCUAAUUGUAGCGGACAGUCACUCCAAGUGGCUCGAGGUAGCACCUGUCCCUACUAUGACUACUGCCAGGACCAUCCAGGAACUGCGCAGGAUCUUUGCCACACAUGGCUUACCUAAUGUAAUUGUAUCAGAUAAUGGGGCACAAUUUACUGCCGCUGAAUUUCAGUCAUUUCUAAGGUCUAAUAUGAUUAGACAUGCCACUUCUGCCCCAUUUCACCCGGCCUCUAAUGGUAAAGCAGAAAGGAUGGUCAGGACGACCAAGGAAGCACUUAAAAGAAUUACAAAGGGCAAUUGGCAUCACAGGUUGGCAGACUUUUUGUUCUGCCAAUGCACAACUCUGUGCACUUCAAUGGGCCAUAGCUCAGCAGAACUCAGAUGGGGAUGUCGGCUGACUAUGAAGCUGGACCGUCUCCAUCUGGACCGAGUGGCAACUAAGACAGCAUAG